AACAGUCAACAACAAUAAAAUAGGACUCUGUCUGUAUCUGUCUGUUUACUGUAACACUCAGUUGGUCAGAUUAACAGAGAAGCUGCCAUUGGAGUUCUUUGGAAGCGGUACAGUGUAGAUAACUCAGUCCCUUCAGCUGGGCAAGUUGGAUCAGUUUGCAGUUCCUUAAGAGUGAGAGGCUCAGAAGUGGAGGCUAGAUUAACUUUUUCUUGGAUCGGAUGUUGCUUGAAAAAUGUCUUGGAAGUCUGCUUUUGCUCGUUGUUGGCAUUUUUACCCAUGCUUUAGGUGCAUUUGUAGGGAUAAAUAUUGGAACCGAUGUUUCCAAUCUGCCACCAGCUUCAGAUAUUGUUGCAAUUCUCAAAGCCCAUCAAAUUACUCAUGUGCGCCUUUAUGACACUGAUUCUCACAUGCUGAAAGCCCUGUCUGACAGUGGGAUUGAGGUAAUUGUUGGUGUCACAAAUCAGCAAGUGCUAGGGAUUGGAGAAUCUGCAUCAGCAGCAGCAGCUUGGAUUAAUAAAAAUGUUGCAGCUUACUUGCCUUCGACCAAUAUUACGUCCAUUGCAGUCGGCAGUGAGGUUCUUACCUCAAUCCCUAAUGCUGCCCCGGUUUUAGUUUCCGCUAUGAAUUACCUUCAUAAAGCCCUAGUUGCUGCAAACCUAAAUUUUCAGGUCAAAGUUUCAACUCCCCAAUCCAUGGACAUAAUCCCUAGACCUUUCCCUCCUUCCACUGCCACCUUUAAUUCGUCAUGGAAUUCUACUAUUUACCAACUCCUUCAGUUUUUGAAAAACACAAACUCAUAUUACAUGUUAAAUGCCUAUCCUUAUUAUGGAUACACUAAAGGGGAUGGCAUUUUCCCGAUUGAUUAUGCUCUUUUCCGACCGCUUCCCUCGGUCAAGCAGAUUGUCGACCCAAACACUCUUUUCCACUAUAGCAGCAUGUUUGAUGCUAUGGUGGAUGCUGCCUAUUAUUCUAUAGAUGCUUUUAAUUUUUCGGGAAUCCCUAUUGUCGUGACGGAGACUGGCUGGCCAUGGUUAGGUGGAGCAAGUGAGCCUGAUGCAACUGCAGAAAAUGCUGAGACCUACAUUGAUAAUCUGAUCCAGCGAGUUCUAAAUAAUUCAGGUCCACCAAGUCAGCCAAGUAUUCCUAUUAACACCUAUAUUUAUGAAUUGUUCAAUGAAGAUAAGAGGCCUGGGCCAGUGUCAGAAAAAAACUGGGGUGUGUUUUUCGCUAAUGAGACGGCUGUUUAUCCUUUGAGUUUCAGUACUUCUGACCAAAUUACAGAAAAUUCUUCUGUGGUUUUCUGUGUGGUGAAAUCUGGUGCAGAUUCCGAUGCGUUGCGAGAUGGCCUAAACUGGGCUUGUGGGCCAGGCCAAGCUAACUGCUCUGCCAUUCAGUCAGGCCAGCCAUGUUAUAACCCUGAUACUCUUGAAAACCAUGCUUCUUUUGCUUAUAAUGAUUAUUAUCAAAAGAAGCGUAGUGUUGGUGGAACAUGUGAUUUUAGUGGUACAGCUAUGACCACCACAAAGGAUCCCAGUUAUGGAUCCUGUAAAUUUUCAGGAAGUUCUAAUUCCGGCACAAGUGGGGGACUUACGCCUGCAGUAGCACUUGGACCUGCAACAAACCCCAUUGAUGGGAGUUCGAGUUCAAUUCCGCAGGUUCCAAAGCUUCAGCAUCUGAUAUCUGCAACAUUUUUUGCUCUACUGUUGCUUUGACUUGGAGAUCCUUCCAGUUUUCUACCAUAUUGAGGGGUUAAAGCAGCACUGUUGAGAUUGUAAUUUGAUGAAAUUCGAAAGGAACUGGACAGGCUCAGUGACAUAGAUGAAAUGCUCGUGUCUCGAUCAUUGUUCAUCAAUUUUGUUUCUCUGGUUUUCCUUUUUUCCUCCACCUUUGUUUGUUAUUAUACUUUGUAGGAAGUGGUGAAUAGAUUGUAGUUGACUAAAAUGCAAUUAAGAUUCCUUCAAAAUAGGACAAAGUUUACCUUUUUUCUUUU